GCUGAAUUUGUUUUUGAAACAGAAGAGUGGCCGUGUGUACAGCUUGAUACAGUUUUCGGGUGAAGAUAGAACAUGUCCCGAGUGGCCAGCUUGUCCAAACUGCGGCAGGAGAGGAUGCGGGAGAUAAAUCUGAGGAAUAAAGAGCGAGAGCGCAUGAGGGAGCGAGAGAAGGCGGCCCGGGAGAGGGAGGCUCGCUACAACAACGGCCACCUUUUCACCUCCCUCACCGUGUCGGGCACGACGCUGUGCUCGGCAUGCAACAAGAGCAUCACGGCCAAGGAGGCGCUCUGCUGUCCCACAUGCAAUGUGACCAUACACAACCGCUGCAGAGACUCUUUGCCAAACUGCGCCAAAGUCAAACAGCGGCAGCAGAAGACGGCCCUCAUGCGCAAUAACUCGUCUUUGCAAAACGUCACGCUGCGCACAAGAAAUCCGGUAAUGCGCGAGCGUCCCACGUCGGCCAUCUACCCUUCCGAGAGCCUCCGCCAUUCCCUUCUCGGAUCUCGGCGAGGACGCUCGGGCCUCACGCUGUCUAAAAGCGUCUCCACCAACAACAUCGCAGGGAACCUGAACGACGACUCCCCUCUGGGGCUGCGCCGGAUCCUGUCCCAGUCCACGGACUCCCUCAGCUUCAGGAACAGGGCCAUGUCGGUGGAGUCGCUCAACGACGACGGGGACUACUAUUACGCUUCGAUCCUGGAGGAGAUGGAGCUGGAGGGCGAGGAUUUCAAGGCGGACUCCUGGAGCAUGGCCGUGGACACGGACUACCUGCACGCGCAUAGCAAAAACGUCAUCAAGAGGCAGGAUGUCAUUUAUGAGUUGAUCCAGACCGAGGUGCACCACAUGCGCACGCUGCGCAUCAUGGAGCGGGUGUUUCGGCAGGGCCUGCUGGAGGAGCUCCAGCUGGACCCGAGCACCCUACACGCCUUGUUCCCCUGCCUGGACCAGCUGAUCUGCAUCCACUCGCACUUCCUGGUGCAGCUGCUGCUGCGCCGCAACGCCAGCCUGCAGCCCGAGUCCAGCUGCAACUUCACCAUACACCGCCUUGGCGACAUACUGCUGGAGCAGUUCUCCGGCCAGAGCGCGGACGACAUGCAGAAGACCUACGCCGAGUUCUGCAGUCGCCACAUGAAGGCGGUCAAGUUGUACAAGUCGCUGCUGGCCCGAGACAAGCGGUUCCAGUGCUUCAUUCGGCGUGUGAGUCGAGGACCCUGGCUGCGUUGCCAUGGCGUCCAGGAAUGUAUUUUGUUGGUGACUCAGCGCAUAUCCAAGUAUCCCGUCCUCAUUCAGCGUAUCCUGGACAACACCAUUGAAGACGAGGAAGAAGCAUCCUCCAUCGCCCAGGCUCUGUCCAUGGUCAGAGAUCUUCUCAAUUCAAUCGAGCAACAGAUGGAGGAGCUGGAGAAGACGCAGCGAAUGCAGGAGAUCCAUUCCAAGCUGGACCAGCGCGCCGAGACCCGGGUGAGGGACGGCGGACUCUUCCGGCCUGCCGAGCUGCUCCGCCGCAAGCUGGUUUACGAGGGAACGCUGCUUUGGAAAACCCCCGGAUCCCGACUCAAAGAUGUGCAGGUCUUGCUGAUGACGGACAUCCUGGUGUUUCUUCAAGAGAAGGACCAGAGGUACAUCUUCCCAUGCCUGGACAAGCCCCCCGUGCUGUCCCUGCAGAACCUCAUCCUGAGAGACAUCGCCAACCAGGAGCGAGGCAUGUUCCUCAUCAGCGACAGCUCGCCGCCGGAAAUGUACGAGGUGCACGCCGCCUCCAGGGAGGACAAGAACGCGUGGAUACGGCAAAUCCAGCGCACCGUCAGCAAGUGUCCGUCACGUGAGGAGUUUCCCCUUAUAGAGACGGAGCACAAAGCUCAUCUGAGGAGACUCAAAGCGGACCUCCAGCAGAAGGACCGGGAAAUGCUGGAGCUCCUUCAGGAGCGGGUGACGCUGUUCUGCGAGCUGGCCCAGGUGACCAGCUGCCAGGAGGAACUGGAGCCGCCCGUCACGCGCUACCUCUUCAGGGCCGACACCCCGCAAGCGCCGCGAGCGGAGAAGUUCCUGCUGGAUGCCACGGCCGAAGUGGACCGACUGAGCGAACUCCUGCUGGGCUCCAGCGUGGACGUCCCGCUCCUGUGCCAUCACAACCACAUGGACAUGACGGACGCCAUUGAUCAGGAUUUUCUCAUCAACGGAGCUCAUGAGCUGCCAGCGGCAAAGGAGGUCUGUCAGAGGCUGAUGAAUCUUAGCGUUUACCUCCACGCCCUCCAAGCUGCUGUCAUCAAGCAAGACUCCAUCCUGGAGCUCCUGCUGCAGCAGGAGGACGCGGCGUCGCCGGCGUCGGCCGGUUCCUGGCGGCAGAACCGCGAGGCGGCCGGCGGGUCCACCAUCGGCGAGCUGGCCCUGCUGCAGCGCCAGCACAGCCUGCUGCAGGAGGAGCUGCUCAGGCUGCGCGACGCCGAGACCCGCUUCAAGGACAGCGAGAAGGCCCGGGCCAAGCUGGAGAAGCAAGUCCGACACAUGAAGGUCUGCGGCGAAGGGUCGCAGGAGCCCGCCGAGCCGUCCGCUCAGUCUGGAAGAGAAGGCCCAAAGGCAGCUUCACAGUGGAACAACCAGAUCGACCAAUCAAACGCUUGUCAAGGACGCAGCGAUGAGGAGGUGAACAUGACGUCCGACGACGACGAUAACGAAGAAGAAGAAGAGGCAUCGGAAAGCUCCAGAGAUUUCCAAAGGAUUCCCGAAGAGGUCUGAGCUUCUACCGCUAACAAGCUAAGUGACCCUCGCACACUCCAGUAGAAAAGCCGCCAUGCCCUAAUGUCAACUUUGAAUGAAUUACUUAAUUUAUUUAGCUGAUUUGCGUUAGUUUACCUCUUGAAGGGUUUGUGUGUAUGUGUCAUUUGCACAAUAUACUUCCAUGGGGGGGGGGGGGGGGGAAUGAAAUAUUCAAAUGACUACUACACGGUUUUGCUUCUGUUUAACAAUAAUUGUGAUCUUUUUCUGUUAUCAUUUGCGUAGAAUCCACCGUCAGGGGAAUUUUAUUAUAUUUAGUACAGUGGUACCUCGACUUACACGUAACUGGACUUAAAAGUUUUUCAUGACAAGGCAUCACAUGGCCGUUUUUUUUUUUUUUUUUUAACUGAA